GACAACCAUGAGAAGUGCCGUAAAGCGGCCCUUCCGUGCGACACAUUUGAAUGUUAGCUCUUAGCCAAGCUAAACAGCAACACAAUAUGAACAAUAUUUUCGCUUUUCCCACAACGCUACGUGAUUAACGCUGACAUUUAUCUGAAAGUUCACAAUAUUUGUCAAUGGCGGCGAUGGACGAGGUGGGGGGAGGGAGAGGUGCCAUCUUUGCUUCCACAGAGGAAGAGGAAGACUCAACUGAGAUUUUAUUGAGUGUUUUGGCACAACAGGACCAAGUGGGCCUCUGCUUCUAUGACAGCAAAGACUCGUCGGUUCACUACAUGGUGGAUACGCCAGAUAACCACGAGCUACACCUGCUGGCCAGAGUCAUCCAGGAGAUUUGUCCUCAAGUGAUUAUCACCAGUGCAAAGCAGGAGCGCUGCAUGACCCGCUUCCUGCUCCAGCUCGGUUCAAACCCGGACUACAAACCCGAGGUGGUUUUUUAUCCAUAUCUUGACUUUGGUCUGGAAGUCAGUAGGACGAGGCUGGUUUCAGCCCAUCUGCCUUUCCUCCCCGCCUCCAUCUCUGAGAGAGACAAGAUGGCCUAUCUCGCCUCCUGUAUCUCCUUUGACGCGCCCCUCACGCUGAGGGCAUUGGGCGGUCUUCUCAAAUGUCUGGACCGGAGGAGAGUAGGAGUUGAGCUGGAAGACAGCAGUGUUGCCGUUCCUAUUAUGAACUUCAAUGCCUACACACUUAAGGGUGUGGUGUACAUCGACAGGGAAGCAUACAGUGUUCUGCAGAUCUUCAAAUCAGAGCGUCACCCAUCAGUGUAUAAGCUCCAUUCGGGCGAAAAAGAAGGAUUGAGUCUUUACGGAAUAUUGAACUGCUGCAGUUGCAAGUUUGGAUCCCGACUGCUACGUCAGUGGUUCCUGCGGCCAACAGUGGACCUCGCUGUGUUACGCAGGAGACAGGAAGUGAUCCGCUUCUUCACGUCACCUCGGAAUUCAGACUCCUUGAACACUUUGCGGAUGUCGCUACGUAACAUCAGAAACAUCCCAACUCUUCUGCGCAGGAUGUCUCUCUCACAUACCAAAGUGACAGACUGGCAGAGUCUCUACAAGACGGUGUACAGUGCAGUAUGUGUCAGAGAUACGGUACGCCACCUUCCUCAGUCCAUUCAGCUUUUCCGGGACAUCAGCGAAGGCCUCUCUGAUGACCUCCACCACGUCGCCUCUCUCAUCAGCCGCGUGGUGGACUUUGAAUCCAGCGUGGCCGAGAACCGCUUCACCAUCAAACCAAACAUAGAUCCGGCAAUCGAUGAGAAGAAAAGGCAGAUGGCGGGCUUGUCUCACUUCCUGACGGAUGUUGCGAGAAGAGAGCUGGCGCACCUGGAUGCCAGAAUCCCCUCCUGCUGCGUCAUCUACAUCCCUCUGAUUGGGUUCCUGCUCUCUAUCCCUCGGCAGGCUAACAUGGUGGAGAAAGAGGACUUUGAGAUGGUGGGGCUCGAGUUCAUGUUUCUAUCAGAGGAUCGCCUGCACUACAGAAGCCAGAGGACCAAGGAACUUGACAGCCUUCUGGGAGAUUUGCACUGCGACGUUCGAGACAUGGAGACAACUGUCAUGACUCAGCUGCAGAACGCCAUCCUGGAGAGGAGCGCUGCCCUGUAUAAAGUUCUGGACCUGGCCGCAGAGCUGGACUGUCUGAUGGCGUUGAGCAAAGCCUCCCAAGAGUACGGCUACACCUCACCCAAGCUCGUCAGCCGCAAGGCAAUAUCCAUCACUCAGGGCAGACACCCGCUGUUGGAGGUGUGUUCUCCUGUGUUUGUGGCCAACUCCUUUGAGAGCUAUGAGUCACAGGGUAGAAUCAAGAUCAUCACUGGGCCCAACUCAUCCGGAAAGAGCAUCUACCUCAAGCAGGUCGGUCUGAUUGUGUUCAUGGCUCUCAUUGGCUCCGACGUGCCUGCCAAGGGCGCCGAGAUAGGCCUGGUGGACGCAAUAUUUACCUGCAUGCCGGGCAGAGAGUCUGUGUCUGUGGGCCUCAGCACCUUUAUGAUUGACCUAAACCAGAUGUCCCAGGCAGUCAACAGCAGCACGGGCGGCUCAUUAGUCCUCGUCGAUGAAUUUGGAAAAGGGACAAACACUGUGGAUGGCUUGUCCUUGCUGGCCGCGACCAUCUCUCACUGGCUGAGGAAAGCUCCAGUGGACGUUCCUCACAUCCUGCUGGCCACUAACUUUUACAGUUUGCUUCAGCCGGGUCUAUUACCCACUUCCAGCCUGCUGUCUCUCCUGACUCUAGACACAGCGGUAGAUGGGGAUGAGUUGGUUUUCCUUUACCAAUUGAAGGAAGGCGUCUGCCGGUCCAGUUACGCCGCCAACGUGGCUCGGCUGGCCGGCUUGCCUGCCAACCUCGUACAGAGAGGGCUGGAAGUGUCUGAGCUUUACAGGACGGGAAGAGCCGUCCAACGUAUUGACAGCGUGUCGUCAGAUGAGCAGGCCAAUAGAUACAAGGCUUUGGUGGAGAGAUUUAUGAGCCUCGACCUGGAUGAUGACAGUCUGGAUGUGCAGCGCUUCAUGAAAGAGGAGGUUCUGCCCUUUGCUGGACAGCUGCAGGACACCUGAACUGUUCGGCUCCGUCACCAAAUAAGGUUCCAAAAUACUGGACAACAAUUCUGAUGCUUUGUACUUACUGUUCAUUUGGUUAACAUACAAAUUUUGAAUUUGUUGUACUGAAGCACAUGUUUUUCCACCACAUUGACUUGAGUGCGUCGGUUUCUGAACUUGGGUGCUUUUAUUGGUUAUCCUUUAGCCCAGGGGUCGGGAACCUACAGUCCACAUUUUAUCUGGUCCACCAUGUAGUUCUAAAAACCAAUAAAACCUGAAAGGAAUUGCUUUGAAAAAUCCCCACAGAUGCUCAUAUACAAAUGAAACGUUUUUGAUUGUCGCAUAUUUACUUUCAUAAAUUUAUUGUGGGCCUUGAUAAGGUUCCCCACCGCUGCUUUCGUCAGAUGAAGUGGUUACAAAAUAGAGACAAAUGUAUCUGCCAAAAGUAUGUUUUUAUAUUUGUUUUGCAACUGUCCAUGCAAAUACCUGUGUCACUGGUGAUUUGUUAUCUUCCCCCCAUAUUGGCAGCACACACACACAAUGAAUAAACGUUGGCUUCUCA